CGUUCCAGGGCUCUGGCCCUGUCCAGCCCCUGCACCCGCUCCCACGCCUAUUCCUCACCUCAGCCUGCGCCGAAGGGACUCCUCAAGCUUCAGGACUCAGCAGGCACAAUAGCAGUCACGUGCAUGCUGGGACCGAGACGGACAGGCUGCUGUUCCUCCUGCCACUCCCCGGGCCCCCAGAGGACCAUCUGUUUGCCUCCUGGUGCCGUCUAACCCAGGUGAGCGAGAGGAUGCUGGCGGGGGGCGUGAGGAGCAUGCCCAGCCCCCUCCUGGCCUGCUGGCAGCCCAUCCUCCUGCUGGUGCUGGGCUCGGUGCUGUCAGGCUCAGCCACAGGCUGCCCGCCCCGCUGCGAGUGCUCUGCCCAGGACCGCGCAGUGCUCUGCCACCGCAAGCGCUUUGUGGCGGUGCCUGAGGGCAUCCCCACUGAGACCCGCCUGCUGGACCUGGGCAAGAACCGCAUCAAAACGCUCAACCAGGACGAGUUUGCCAGCUUCCCGCACCUGGAGGAGCUGGAGCUCAAUGAGAACAUCGUGAGCGCCGUGGAGCCUGGCGCCUUCAACAACCUCUUCAACCUCCGGACGCUGGGGCUCCGCAGCAACCGCCUGAAGCUCAUCCCCCUGGGCGUCUUCACCGGCCUCAGUAACCUGACCAAGCUGGACAUCAGCGAGAACAAGAUUGUCAUCCUGCUGGACUACAUGUUCCAGGACCUGUACAACCUCAAGUCACUAGAAGUCGGCGACAACGACCUCGUCUACAUCUCCCACCGAGCCUUCAGCGGCCUCAACAGCCUGGAGCAGCUGACGCUGGAGAAAUGCAACCUGACCUCCAUCCCCACCGAGGCGCUGUCCCACCUGCACGGUCUCAUCGUCCUGCGGCUCCGGCACCUCAACAUCAAUGCCAUCCGGGACUAUUCCUUCAAGAGGUUGUACCGGCUCAAGGUCUUGGAGAUCUCUCACUGGCCCUACUUGGACACCAUGACUCCCAACUGUCUCUACGGCCUCAACCUGACGUCCCUGUCUAUCACGCACUGCAACCUGACUGCUGUGCCCUAUCUGGCAGUGCGCCACCUGGUCUAUCUCCGCUUCCUCAACCUCUCCUACAACCCCAUCAGCACCAUUGAGGGCUCCAUGUUGCAUGAGCUGCUAAGGCUGCAGGAGAUCCAGCUGGUGGGUGGGCAGCUGGCCGUGGUGGAGCCCUAUGCCUUCCGUGGCCUCAACUACCUGCGCGUGCUCAAUGUUUCCGGCAACCAGCUGACCACACUGGAGGAGUCGGCCUUCCACUCGGUGGGCAACCUGGAGACGCUCAUCCUGGACUCCAACCCGCUGGCCUGCGACUGCCGGCUCCUGUGGGUGUUCCGGCGCCGCUGGCGGCUCAACUUCAACCGGCAGCAGCCCACGUGUGCCACGCCCGAGUUCGUCCAGGGCAAGGAGUUCAAGGACUUCCCUGAUGUGCUCCUGCCCAACUACUUCACCUGCCGCCGUGCCCGCAUCCGGGACCGCAAGGCCCAGCAGGUGUUUGUGGAUGAGGGCCACACAGUGCAGUUCGUGUGCCGGGCGGAUGGCGACCCGCCGCCCGCCAUCCUCUGGCUCUCGCCCCGCAAGCACCUGGUCUCGGCCAAGAGCAACGGGCGGCUCACGGUCUUCCCCGAUGGCACGCUGGAGGUGCGCUACGCCCAGGUACAGGACAACGGCACUUACCUGUGCAUCGCGGCCAACGCGGGCGGCAACGAUUCCAUGCCUGCCCACCUGCACGUGCGCAGCUACUCGCCCGACUGGCCCCAUCAGCCCAACAAGACCUUCGCCUUCAUCUCCAACCAGCCAGGCGAGGGAGAGGCCAACAGCACCCGCGCCACCGUGCCUUUCCCCUUCGACAUCAAGACCCUCAUCAUUGCCACCACCAUGGGCUUCAUCUCUUUCUUGGGCGUCGUCCUCUUCUGUCUGGUGCUGCUGUUUCUUUGGAGCCGGGGCAAGGGCAACACCAAGCACAACAUCGAGAUUGAGUAUGUGCCCCGCAAGUCGGACGCAGGCAUCAGCUCCGCCGACGCACCUCGCAAGUUCAAUAUGAAGAUGAUAUGAGGCCGGGGCGGGGGGCGGGGACCCUGGGGCGUGCCGGGCAGGGGAAGGGACCUGGCCGCCGUCCGCUCGCUCUCCAGUCCUUCCCACCUCCUCCCAGCCCCUCCACACACACUCUUUUUCUCCCUCCCACGCCGUCCCCUGCUGCCCCCGCUGGCCCUCACCGCCUGCCCUCUUUCUACCAGGACCUCAGAAGUCCAGGCCUGGGGACCCCACCUGCACAGGGGCACACGUUGACAGACUGGAGUCGGAAGCUGACACGGCACAGUCAAUAAUUCAAUAAAAAAGUUACGAACUUCCUCUGUAACUUGGGUUUCAGUAAUUAUGGAUUUUUAUGAAAACUUGAAAUAAUAAAAAGAGAAAAAAAAAACUAUUUCCUAUAGCUAGUCGGAAUGCAAACUUUUGACGUCCUGAUUGCUCCAGGGCCCUCUUCCAACUCAAUUUCUUGUUUUUCUCUUCCUCCUCUUCCUCCUUUCUCUUCUCUUCCCCUGUGGGGAGGGAUCACUCAGGAAAACAGGGGAGGAGGUUCCAGCCCCACUUGCCUGCCCACCCGGCCAGGGCAGUCGCCAGGAGAAGGUUGGGUGGGGGUCUGGGCCCAGCUCUGGGCUGGCUGUUUGCGGAGAGCGGGUGGAGGGGACAGGGCUGCCCAGUGGGGGUGAGGGCCUGUCUGCUGAGCUGCCAGGCAGCACUACUGCCAGGGGGCAGGGCCUGGCUUGAGUGUGGCUGAGACUCUGGACAGGGGCUGGGGUCCUCCUGGAGGACAGCACAGUCAGUGGAGAGAGCCAGGGGCCAAGGCCUAACUCUGGUCCCAGCUUUGCUGCUGACUUGCUGUGUGGCCUCAAACAGGUCAUUGACCCCCUCUGGGCCUCAGUCUCCACAUCUGUAUAAACGGAAACGCUACUCCCCGCCCUGCCUACCUCACAGGGCUGUUGUGAGGAAUUGAUGAGAUGAUGUAUGUGAAACACUUUGU